AUGGCAGAUAAGGAGAUGAUUGAAAGGCUGCGGCAGAAGCGUACGGCAGCCCAGGCCGCGUUCACCAAAAAGGCAAACAAUCUUACCUCCAGGGUCAAUGCUCUAGAAGAAGGGGAUCUUAAGGCUGAGUGGAGGAACUUCAAAGAGGAUCAUAACAGAGUCACAGAUUUAGGAUUUGAGUACUCCACAGCCCUACGUGAACUAGAAGACGAAGAGGCCAGUGUAAAGGCGAAUCAGAUUGACGAGCGAACGCACGAAUGUGAUAAAAAGUUUGACGCUGUUAAACUCCUCGUCCUAAACAACUUAUGGACUAGAUUUGCAAAGGAUCACAUUUCCGAUCUUGUAGAGGAGGCUAACUUAGCCCUGGAUCAGGCCGAAGUAAAGGACUAUCAACUGCUAUCUAGGAUGGAGCGGGAGCUGAUCAACAAAGACCUGGAACGAGACGUCUUUGAAGUCAACAGUUUAGUGACUGAGUGCUCCAGCUACAGCUCCAGCCACAGCCACAUCCACCGCCACAGCUCCAGCUACAGCCACAGCCACAGCUCCAGCCACAGCUCCAGCCACAGCUCCAGCCACAGCUCCAGCCACAGCCACAGCAACACCCACAGCCACAGCUACAGCCACAGCUCCAGCCACAGCCACAGCCCCAGCAACACCCACAGCCACAGCCACAGCUACAGCCACAGCCACAGCCACAGCUACAGCCCCAGCAACACCCACAGCCACAGCUCCAGCUCCAGCCACAGCCACAGCUCCAGCCACAGCUCCAGCCACAGCUCCAGCUACAGCCACAGCCACAGCUACAGCCACAGCUACAGCAACAGCUACAGCCACAGCCACAGCUCCAGCCAUAGCCACUGCCACAGCCACAUCCACCGCCACAGCUCCAGCUACAGCCACAGCCACAGCUCCAGCCACAGCUCCAGCUACAGCCACAGCCACAGCUACAGCCACAGCUACAGCAACACCCACAGCCACAGCCACAGCUCCAGCCACAGCUCCAGCCACAGCUCCAGCCACAGCUCCAGCCACAGUUCCAGCCACAGCUCCAGCCACAGCUCCAGCCACAGCCACAGCUCCAGCCACAGCCACAGCCACAGCUCCAGCCACAGCCACAGCCACAGCCACAGCCACAGCCACAGCCACAGCUCCAGCCACAGCCACAGCCACAGUUCCAGCCACAGUUCCAGCCACAGCUCCAGCCACAGCUCCAGCCACAGCUCCAGCCACAGCUCCAGCCACAGCUCCAGCCACAGCCACAGCUCCAGCCACAGCCACAGCCACAGCCACAGCCACAGCCAUCGUCACCACUGGGAUUAG